AUGCCCGGAAUGCGGACCGACCCACACCAGCCAGCUCUCCGCCCUUCUCUGUUCCCCUUUCGUCCCUUCUCGCCCUCCGCUGCAGCGAGUGACGUCAUCCGCGGGGCGUCCGGUCAAAUCAUGUUUCCAAUGCCCGCGCUGCUGGCGCUGGUGGCGACGCGGAUCACGGUCUCCCCGGCGAGCACCUUCGCCUCCAACUUCUCUGCGGCGCGCUGCACCAACCUACCGCGCACCGCUUACAGCGUCUCCGUGCAGUGGACGUCCGCUGCCGCGCCCAGUCUCCCCGCGUGCGCCAACAUCACCUUCUGGAGCGGCGCGGGUUGCAGUGGCACCUCCUCGCUCUCCCUUAAGCCCGCAAGCCUGACCACCAGCACCACCAAUUCCAGUCUCCCCUAUCCGUAUCCAGUUUCGGCUCGCUGCGGCAUCGCCGGAGACCCUGUGGACGCCAGUGCAGGGUGGCCCACAGAGUUAGACGCGAGGGUGGGGGUGACGACGGCGGUGAAAGUGGGCCGCUACAACUUCUCCUUCGACCCCUCCUCGCGCAGCACCCGCGUGCCCGACGACACGGCGCCCGCUGGCGUGAGCACGGUUGCGAGCGUGCAGUGGGGGAGCGCCAGCAGCUUGGCGGGAGGCGGGGCGAGUGGGCCGUGCUCCCGGGUGUCGUUCUACCCGGGCACCAGCUGCAACGGCGCUGUCAUGCAGCACAUCUACUCCUUCUCCAGGUCUGUGCGCGUGGGUGUGCAAGGCAGUGCCAUGGAUUUGCGUGGAUGA